UAAACCUUUUCUGUUGGACAUUUGAAAUGAUUCGCGUCUUCUUUUUAGCCUCACUUGUUCUCUCUUUUGUACCUUAUAUUCGCUCUGCUACAGAACUCAACACUUCUCUGUCUAUCUGCCCAGAAAGUUUCAAUUGUCCAAAUUUGGCCUCCUUCACGUACCCGUUUUAUAAUAAUGCUACUGAAACGCAAUGUGGGUUGAUUAAGGUCAACUGUACUUUGAAUGGUGGGAGUAUUCAACUUGGAAGAAACUCAUAUGACAUUUAUGGCAAGUAUGUGUCUGAAUCGGUCAUGUCGAUCCGUAAUCUAACGUUUGAAAGACUUGUGAAUGACAGCAGUUGUGGGGCACUUAUGGAUAAUUUCACUUCUCCAACUCCUCUUCUCUAUUCCAUUUCACUCGUAACCUUCAUCACUCUCUACAAAUGCGCAAAGCUUCCAAAUGAUGUUGCAGAAAUGGAAGCUUAUUUUGACCAAUCUAAUUACAAUAAAAAGAGAUGUGGAGAUUACAAUUUCUACUAUAACCAUUCCAUCAGUGAUAAAGCAGUUCCAAGUGAUCUCCCGCCUGCAUGUCAAGUAAUACAGCUGCCUGUGAAAGUGGGAGAGACAGGUAAUGGUAACGAGACCAACAUAUUUUCUCUUCUCAAUUCUGUAGUCUCUAUUAAUUUUGUAACUGCAUCUCCAUGCAAUAAGUGUCAAAAGGAAGAGGGCCGAUGCUACACUCUCAAUGGACAGUUCCAGUACUGUUUAUACGCCAAAAAUGAAACAUCAGUCAGAAAACGGAAACAGAUCCUAGCUAUCUGUGUCGGAUCUGUGACAAUAUUGGUUGUGAUAAUCUUCUGUUUCAUACGGAAACUCAGAUGGCGAAAAAAGACAAAUAAGGAUGUUAACGUGGAAAAAUUUCUAGGAAAUCAUCAAUUCCUUGCUAAAAGGUACACAUAUUUGCAAGUAAAGAAGAUGACAAACUUAUUUGAACUCAAAUUAGGACAAGGUGGCUUUGGUUCAGUGUAUAAAGGAACAUUAAGUAAUGGAAGCCUAGUGGCGGUGAAGAUAUUAAGUGAAUCGAAAGGAAAUGGUGAAGAUUUCAUAAACGAAGUCGCAAGUGUUGGCAGGACUUCCCAUGUAAAUAUCGUAAGUCUUGUGGGAUUUUGCUUUGAGGGCGAUAAAAAAGCAUUGAUUUAUGAGUUCAUGCCUAAUGGGUCACUUGAGAAGUUCAUAUAUAACCCUGGGUUUUUGAGUAGUAGCCAACUUGGGUGGGAAAAAUUACAUGAGAUUGCUAUUGGGAUUGCCCGAGGAUUAGAAUACUUGCAUAGUGGUUGUAACACACAAAUUUUGCAUUUCGACAUAAAGCCCCAUAAUAUUCUUUUAGACAAAGACUUUUCUCCUAAGAUAUCAGAUUUUGGCCUUGCUAAGCUAUCCCCCGAGAGAAGAAGCAUGAUGUCCAUGUCCCUUAUGAGAGGAACACCUGGGUAUAUAGCUCCCGAACUAUUCUCAAGGAGUUUUGGGCAAGUAUCCCACAAAUCAGAUGUUUAUAGUUAUGGGAUGAUGAUUUUAGAAAUGGUUGGAGGGAGGAAAAAUGUUGAGGUUGGAGUUGAUCAUACAAGUGAAAUAUAUUUUCCUCAUUGGAUAUACAAAAAAGUUAAAUUUAAUGAAGAACUUGGACUGCAUACAAGUAUGAGUGAUGAAGAAAAAGAGAUGGUAAGAAAAAUGAUUAUUGUGGGCUUAUGGUGCAUACAAACAAAUCCCGUGAACCGACCAACAAUCAUGAAGGCAUUGGAAAUGUUAGAAGGGGACUUAGAGUCAUUGGAAAUCCCUCCAAAACCUUAUUUGUCUUCUCCAUGAAGGUCAGUUGGUUCCUCAUUUACAAAUUAAUUACAUCUUUGUAGUUUAUUUAUUGGAAGUUUGAAAUAUCUCGGUGUUGUAAGUUCUAUUAAACAUGGUUAGUCCUAAAUUUGUAUCGAUGGACCUGUGGUGCUCAUGAAAUAAGCAAAUACCCAAUCCUAUUGGAAAUUAGGGUGUUAAACAUGUUAUACAAUAAAGCCCCUCUACUCUACAAAGAGUAAUUAAAGAAACACAUAUAAUUUAACAUUGCAAACACACUGAGGGGCAGAUUGAUUA